CCCCGGAACCCUGGGGCUGCGAUGAGCCCCUGUGGGCAGACCCGGCUACACACGUCUAGAGGGGUCAUGGCACUACUGGCGUGGAAGUUCCCGCGGACCCGACUGCCGGUGGGAGCCAGUGCCCUCUGCGUCGUGGUCCUCUGUUGGCUUUACAUAUUCCCGGUCUACCGGCUGCCCAACGAGAAGGAGAUUGUUCAGGGUGUGCUGCAACAGGGCACGGCGUGGAGGAGGAACCAGACAGCCGCCAGAGUUUUCAGGAAACAAAUGGAAGACUGCUGUGACCCUGCCCGUCUCUUUGCUAUGACUAAAAUGAAUUCCCCAAUGGGGAAGAGCAUGUGGUAUGAUGGGGAGUUUUUGUACUCAUUCACCAUUGACAAUUCAACUUAUUCGCUCUUCCCCCAGGCUACCCCAUUCCAGCUGCCCUUGAAGAAAUGCGUAGUGGUGGGAAAUGGUGGGAUUCUGAAGAAGAGUGGCUGUGGCCGUCAAAUAGAUGAAGCAAAUUUUGUCAUGCGAUGCAACCUUCCUCCCCUGUCAAGUGAAUACACUAAAGAUGUUGGAUCCAAAAGUCAUUUAGUGACAGCUAAUCCUAGUAUAAUUCGGCAAAGGUUUCAAAACCUGCUUUGGUCCAGAAAGACGUUUGUGGACAACAUGAAAAUCUAUAACCACAGUUACAUCUACAUGCCUGCCUUUUCCAUGAAGACAGGAACAGAGCCAUCUCUCCGGGUAUAUUACACAUUGUCAGAUGUUGGUGCCAAUCAAACAGUGCUUUUUGCCAACCCUAAUUUUCUGCGCAGCAUUGGAAAGUUCUGGAAAAGUAGGGGAAUCCAUGCCAAGCGCCUGUCCACAGGGCUCUUCCUGGUGAGCGCUGCCCUGGGCCUCUGUGAAGAGGUGUCCAUCUAUGGCUUCUGGCCCUUCUCUGUGAAUAUGCAUGAGCAGCCCAUCAGCCACCACUACUACGAUAAUGUCUUGCCCUUUUCUGGCUUUCAUACCAUGCCAGAGGAAUUUCUCCAACUCUGGUAUCUUCAUAAAAUUGGUGCACUGAGAAUGCAGCUAGACCCAUGUGAGAACACGUCACUCCAGUCCACUUCCUAGGGUCAGUGGAAAAAGAAAUAACUGAGCCAGGGUAUUUUUGUUAGGUUUCCUAAAUGACUCCAAAAGGAAAUGGUCAAGUUGUUCCAUGGAUUUGCAUGGGCCACUUGGAAGAAGAAAAAAAGAACAAAACAACUGGAACAAAAAUUAAACAAAAACAUACAUUUAAUGUUGACUUGGAAAAUAAAUUAAAAAUGUAACAUCCUGUGAACUAUUUUACAGCACAUCGUGGAUUUUCAGCUAAUAAAAUGCUGAUGACAUGAUGGUAAAGCACACUUAAACAGUUCAAAUCUAGAAGAAGCAGUGUUAAAGCAACACAACUCUAAUUAUUGAGGCUGAGGAAUUUUCCUCAUCAAGGUAAAAUAAAGAAAAUGCUGGGGCAAAAAUGUUCCUGAUAAUUAACACAAACUGGCUUAAUAAAAUACCUAGCUUAUAAAAACUGA